CUGCUAUAGACAACUUCCUUGUAUGGCUGUGAGUUGACGUCAUGGCCCUCCGCAUCUUCAGCCUCUUCUGAAUCAUGACGACGUCACCCUGCUAACCCUGCAUUCAUAAAGCGCCUUCCGGGGUACUUCGAUUUCUCCAACUACACACUACUCAACUUACAAUGACUACUCUGCACUAUCUCCCUCCCGUGAAGCCCUCCGCUAUUGCGCUGGGCACAGUCUUCACCCACACUGCCUCCCUGGGCAUUCUCGCCCCCGUCUUCGGAGACACCUACCACCGCGCUCAGGCUGCCAACUCAAAGGAAGAGUUCAUCAAGUCGAAGGAGGCCGCCGGUGCCGCCGCUGCCUGGGGAAGCUCCCUUGCUGGAAGCGCCGUGCAGACCUAUGGUGUUGCUGCAUUGAUUAACGCCACUGGCACCCUGACCUACAAGGGUGCGGCCUACCUGGGAACACUUAUCUUCUUCGCAACAUCUGCCCCAAGUUUCGUGAGCCAAGUCUUCGCUGAGAAGCGUCCCCUGGACACUGUCGCUGUUGGUGCCGUUUCGAGAGUAUUUGAAACUGUUGGACUCAGCUUGUUCUUGACUUGGUGGGGAACGCGCACUCACCCCUUCGACUAAGUGAAAUAAUACCAAGUCAUUUCUAGUCUGAAUUAUGCCUACUGUUCUCCACAGACAUUAUGAUCAGUGCUAUGUUUGUAUACUUAAACCUACUAUGCCGGAUGUAAAUGUACACGAAAUUGACAUUGUAACUCCGAUUUGAAUUGUG